UCUUCGUAUAAUAUUCUCAUAAUAAAUUAAAAAAAAUUUCGCCAAAACUUAUGCAAUUUUUCUUUGAAAAAAUUCUUUUCAAUCGAAUAGAAAAUGAUCUAGAAUUUAUUGAUUUCCAAGCUUUGUAAAUGAUUUUGUAAAUUUUUGAAAAUAUUUUUUAAUUAUGAAAAAUUACAAUUUGUAAUUAGCUCUCAAGUAUUUAAAUUUUUGUAAAAUAUUUUGUAAAUUAAAUUAAAUUUAUUAAAUUUUUACAAUGUAUCGAAAUACUUUUGAUUUUCGCCACGUCGUUUUAACAUUACAUAUUUAUGUUUUUUCAAAUUUCUUUAAAAACUGAUAAAGUAACGGUGAAAUUGUAUCCCCUAAAUAUAUGCAACAUAGAACUUUCAUUACUUUAUUAAGAGAAUGUUUGUUGUAAAUAGAGCAUGGUUUUGAAAAUAUAGAAAAAGUGUUAAUAAAAAAACUUUAACAACUUGUGCCGCAUUAAAUUACACUAAUCUUAUUACUCACACUAUUGAAAUUAAAAAUUCAUAUUCCAAAGUUUGAUUACGAAAAAAAGCAAAACAAAUAAAAAGAGAACAAACAGAAGGGUUAAUAAAAGGAGCAAUUGUUAUAUAAAAUCUGUUUUUAGUUGACUUUAGCUCACAUGUUCUUUUUCAGUCUGAUUCUAUUGGCAUUUGAGAGUAAAAUAUCGUUAAUAUUAAAUUCGAUUUUGGCUUUUUAAAAUGUUUUUUUUUUUAAUUUCUAACCGUAAUUGUGAUUAGAAUUUCGUGAAAAUGUGCGAUUAGAAAUUUGGGUAUAUAACAAAUUGAAUGAGAGUUUAUUUCUUAGUGUAUAAUGCGACAUAAUUUCGGACAAUUGUGCUCUAAGCAAUAUUUACCAAAAAAACUUUCAAUAAAUAAAUAAAUUUAAAUCAAAGGGAAAAAAUUAUUUAGAAGAUCAUAUAUUUUUUAAAAUUUUAAGAAAAUGAAGUUGUAUAUUUUAAUUUUAUCUAAUUUGCUUAUUAUCAAUGAUAUUUUUGGGCUAAAAAACCAUAGUGAAAGUUUAUUAACCGAUAAUGUAAAUACAACCAGCUGGAAAUCAACUAAAGAACCCUCUAUAAGGAGUAGAAAAGGCAGGAAACCAAAUAUUAUUUUGAUAUUAGCCGAUGAUCUUGGUUUUAAUGAUGUCAGUUUUCGUGGGCAGAAUUUUUUUCUAACUCCAAAUAUUGAUGCUUUAGCUUACCAUGGAACAAUUCUUAAUAAAUAUUACGUACCAUCUGUGUGCACACCUUCUAGAACUGCUUUAUUAACAGGCAAAUACCCACUUAGAACAGGUAUGCAACAUUUAGUUAUUCCAAACGGUGAACCAUGGGGCUUAUGCGCAAAUGAAAAAUUAAUGUCACAUAUAUUUCAAGAAGCAGGAUAUUCUACAAAUAUAAUUGGUAAAUGGCAUUUGGGAUUUUUCAAAGAAAGUUAUACACCAACAUAUCGUGGAUUCGAUUAUCAUUAUGGUUAUAUGGGAGGCUAUAUUGAUUAUUGGACACAUUCUUUAAAGCCGUCUAAUUCAUGUUACUCACCUGGUCAUGAUUUAUGGAAAAAUACUGAACAGGUUUAUGAUAAAAAUGGUACCUAUGCAACUGAUAUUAUAACAAAUGAAGCAAUUAAUGUCAUUAGAAAUCAUAACGUAAAUGAGAAGCCAUUAUUUUUAAUUAUAAAUCACUUAGCACCACAUACUGGAGACGAAGAUGAUCCAAUGCAAGCUCCAAAAGAUGAAAUUGAUAAGUUUACUCAUAUAACAGAUUUAAAUAAAAGAACCUAUGCUGCUAUGGUAAGCAAGUUGGAUGAAAGUAUAGGAAAAACAAUUCAUGCUUUGAAAAAUAAAAAUAUGUUAGAAAAUUCUAUAGUUAUUUUUUAUUCGGAUAAUGGUGCUCCAACAGUUGGGAUGUUUUCAAAUGGCGGAUCGAAUUUUCCUCUUCGGGGACAAAAAUUUUCUCCAUGGGAAGGAGGAGUUCGUUCAUCAGGUGUAAUUUGGAGUCCCUUACUGAAUGUUCAGAGUACAAUUUGGAAUGAAUAUAUUCAUGCAAUUGAUUGGCUUCCAACUUUACUUGAUGCUGCUAAUAUACCAAUUCCAAAUGAAUAUCAAAUUGAUGGACGUAAUUUAUGGAAAUCAAUAUCUAAUGGUGAAUCUAUUGAUGAAAGAUCCAUUCUUCAUAACAUUGAUGAGAUAUUAGGUUAUAGUUCUUAUAUGCGGGGAAUAUAUAAAUAUAUUAACGGAACAACAAAUGAAGGAGUAUAUGAUAGUUGGCUAAGUGAUGUAGAAUAUGAAAAAGAUCCCCGAUCCUAUAAUUAUUCUAAAACAAUAAUAAAUACACAAACAUGGAAAAUUCUUCAAAAUUUCAAUAAAAAUAAUAUUGAUACCAAUAAAAUUGAAAAAAUUCGAUCACAAUUAUCAAUUAAAUGUAAUUUACGAAAAAAAAUUUCAAAUAAUAGCACUUUUGAAUGUGAACCAUUAAAGGCUCCAUGUUUAUUCAAUAUAAAAUCAGAUCCAUGUGAAAUGUAUAACUUAGCUAAAUUACCUAAAUAUCAAGGUAUUUUGGAAUCAAUGAAAAAUGAUGUUGAAGAAUGGAAAAACAAAUUAAUACCAUCAGUACGUCAAGAUUACUUUGAUCCGAUUAGUGAUCCUGCUUUACAUAAUGGUGAAUGGAGAUGGUGGAAAGAUCAAAGUGAUGGGAAUUCUAUACCCGGAACUUAUUGCAUAUGA